AACAACUAAAAGUAAAGGCGAAACAACAUGGGCUGUGGACAAAGCAAAAUUCAUCUGUAUCCGCGUAAAAAUAAAAGUAAAGCCAAUGGAAAGAAAAGUGGUCAUAAUGACGACAAUGACGGCGACGAAGAAGAAGGCCAAAACACCGACGAUCACGGUCGAAAAGACAUCACAUUCAAUGAAAAGGACAAAUUGAAUGAUGACGAUCAGCUUCCCAACAAUACCAAUGACGCCAGCAACGGCGAAAUUACCAUACCAAUCCUACGUAACGGACCAUUACUACAAAGCCAUAGUCAACAAAACUUUUUUCGUAUGCUUGAUGAGAAAAUUGAGCAGGGACCUGAUUACGACUCAGCCAGUGAAACGGAGAUAGCAUUAGAAGAGGCAAGACUGAAUUCGCUGAUACAUCAUUGGGAGUCGGCGAGUAUAUCGGCAUCCGUUUGCUCUUCCAACAGUCGUUCACUGCAGGGCACGCCCAUUCGGCAGGUCUCGUUGAGACAACAACUUUUAGCACAACAGCCAAAAUUUGCAUUGCAGCAGCAGCAGCAGCAACAACAACUGAUCGGUUUAGGUGUCAACAGUCCAAAUAAACGACCCGACGGUACGACAAUACCAAUUAGACCAAUGCCAAUACAAAUGUCCGCCCAGGCAGCGUUAUUCAAUCAAACGAGUUACGCCGCAUUGGCGGGUCAACCUCCUCAAUCCACUGUGCCCACUAUACUUUCAUCAUUGUCAUCGUCGUCGCCAGCGACUCAGCAGCAGCAACAACAACAUCAAAUGCAACAACUGCCUACAUCUCAACAAACUCGUAGUACAAGAACAUUACCACAAGAACCACCAUUACCUGUAGCUGUGACACAACAGAUUCUACCGAGCAUGGGUCCCGGAUCGACAGCGACAGCGAUGAACUAUUUUUCGCAACAACCACCGCAAUCAUAUUUUGGGGAAGCUUUACAUCCUCUUCAAGUUCAACAAAAUACUAAUAAUAAUCCUCCGCCAGAACCAAGGUUUCCUCCAGCAAUAAGUGUACAAAGGCUCGCUCCUCAGGUACAGCGGCAAUUAAGGGAAACGCAAGAACUCAUCAAGGACUCCACUGUGCAAUUGUACGCAGCUGGAUAUGGGAGUCCAGGGCCACCGCAAAUGCCGAUGAUGCGUGUACCACAACGAUCUCGUAGGCCACCAUCAACACUGGAGACACAGUAUUCACAAGAAUUGUCGUGA